AUGCGCGCUUCUAUGCGGACCCAGUCGCCUUUGCUUUCUCUGCCGCUCCUCUCUCUUGCCAGUUUGCUCCUGCUUCUUCUAGCUGCCGCUUUUUGGCGCCCUGUCCACGCGUUCCGCUCUCUGCUGCCGCCGCCUCCUUGGGGAGCGAGCGCGGGCAAAACCCCGAUCUAUGCGAUGCCGCCGACGCUUUUUCUCUCUGGGCAAGACUCAGCUAAGUGCGUCUGCCCUGGCGCCGUUUCUGCGGCCCCGCUCCCCGCGUCUUCGCCCACAGCCGCGUUCCUUGCUGCGAAGAGCGCGGCGGAUGGUCAGGAGACAAACACGGGAACGAGCGGCAACGCUGGCGGCCGAGAGGGCUUGUGCUGCGCCGAUAAAGCAGACGCGUUCCUCAGGGCGUUCGAAGCGCCUCUCGGCGUCACCUUUGCGUCCAUCGGCGAUACAGGCCGCGCCAGCGACCUCCUCGUGAAGAAUGCGGCAGCUCUGGCUGCUGCCAGUACCGCCGUGGAUCUUCGAUUUGUGAAUCUUCUCGGUGACAACUUCUACCCGGAUGGCGUUCUCUCCACCAACGACACCUCGUGGACGGCUGUGGUUGACCGGCCGUUUGGAAUCCCCGCUCUGCGAAAGGUAGCCUUCUUUCCCGUGUUGGGCAACCACGACUACCACACGAAUCCCUACGCGCAGAUCGAGCGGUACGCGCAGCAGAACGCGCCUUACGUGAAGGCCCGCUUGUCGCGCGCGACUGACGCUGCCGCGGAGACUCCCAGUUCGGCUCCCGGCGUGCCCGCCGUGGAGUUCUCUCCCGAAGACGGCGACGAAGAUGACUUGUUGUCGUCGCUCGACGCGGUCUACGUGCAGGAGAAGCUUCCCUGGUUUGUAGCCAGUAAAAGGGCUUCUGCCAUGCGAUUCUCGAAUGCGCCGAUGUCUGGAGCGGACGGACCUCAGUGGCGCUUCCCCAACUACUGCUGGCCGCGCGGAGCGUCUGGCGUCCUGGUGUCUGUGCAGACGGGUGACGAGUCGGAGAGGUCGAAUGUGAUUGUUGUGACGGUCUACGUCGACGCGAUGACGCUGAUCGCCGACGAACGCCGGUCAUUCACUCGCGUGCCGAUCAGGUUCCCCAAGGACUCCGUGUAUGAAGAGCAACUCGCCUUCCUGGAAGCCACUCUCAGUGCAGCGGCGAAGGAGGCGGACUGGAUUUUCAUCUGCGGACACGCGCCGGUGGUCACCGACGGACAAGCCAGGCGGAAUCUGCCCGAGUUCUCGACUCGCCUGAAAGACUUGAUGAACAAGUACAAAGUCGACAGCUACCUCGCGGGCCACGAACACAUGCUGAGUUUCUUCCAGGAGCCUGGGGUGAACGACGCCACCUUCAUCAUCAGCGGCAGUGGCAGCAAGCAGGCGUACCGCGGGAGUUGCCGGCGAGACAGCUGUCUGUUCAGCACAACGGAAGCGGGUUUCGCGCUGCAUGCACUGAGCAAAAAGGAGCUCCACCACGCAUUCGUUUCUGCAGACGGCAAAGUUCUCUUCACGAAGACGCAGAUCGCGCAAGACCGUGACGAGAUGCGUUCGGCCGCGAAGUCCUCGCCGAGGUAUCCCAAUAUUCGGCGCGUCUACAUCGGUCCGCAUGACAUGCAGCACGUGCGGCCGCCGCUUCGGCUGCCGGAAUACGCGUACUUCCUCUUGGGCGCCUUCGCCUGUGCACUGGCUUUUCUGUUGGUCUUGUGGGUCCGACGCCGAGCCGUCCCGCUCGUCGCCACACACAAGGACGACAUCCGGUACGUCUGCGGGCGCUGGAACGUGCCCAGCUGCUGUGUCGCGUGCUUCGCGUGCCUGUGCGGCGUCUUGGGUCGCGCGUAUCCUCCGUCCUCCUCGCCGCCGGCGUCACCCAGCUUCUCCAACAGGCGCUAUUCGUGUCCCCUGGCCUCGCUCUCGACCGUGGGGAACCGGUCCGUAGAGGGACAGCCCCUGGUGCGGGUCAAGAAGCCCGCCGAGGACAACGAGGCCCCGGGCGCGCCCGCUGCCGGGCAGGGCCUCGCGGCCGCGCGCGAGGACCCGACGGCCCCUGGCGCCCAGGAGUCGCCCGACGGCAGCCGGAAGACGUCGAAGAAACUCCCCGCCGUCGACGUGGAAGGCGCGGUCCUGCUCGGGCACACCUUGGCGCCGACAGCAGACGGAGGCCGGGCGCGGGAGGUGUGCUCCGCGCCCGUCUCCGGUCUCCUUUGA